AUGACGGCUGAACCUAAAGAGAUCCCACAGGGGGCUUCUGUGGAGGCAGGCCGAGACCAAAACUAUGUGGCCAUAGCCGACGAUGAAGCCCAGGCGAAGCUCAAUGGACUCAGAGAAGCACAUGGUGCCACCUGGGAUGGCCCAGAUGAUCCUCAUAACCCGUACAACUGGCCGCUUACCCGCAAAGUCUCCAUUGCCAUCAUCGUGUCCUUGGGCCAACUGGCCACUCUCAUGUCGACCAGUAUGAUGGCUGCAGCACUGAACCAGAUUGCAGAGGACGUGGGCCUGAGCAUUUCCGUCACACAGGUCUGCUUCUCAAUCUUUCUUCUUGGCCUGGCCUUUGGACCCUUUCUCGUCGCUGCCUUGUCCGAGAUAUAUGGCCGGAAAUUUGUCUGGCUGUCUUCGAAUGUCUGGUACAUUCUGUGGAACUCACUUUGUCCCGUUGGAAACAACGCAGGACUGAUGAUAACCGGGCGGUUCCUUGCAGGCUGUGGAGCAAGCGCUGGUGUCACGCUAACGGGACCUAUCAUGGCGGACUUGUUCCAUGCCAAAAACCGUGGAAAGUCCCUAGCACUGGCCACCCUCAUCCCGUAUCUGGGACCAGCAUUAGGGCCAAUAAUGGGAGGGCUAGCCUCACAAAACAUCCACUGGCACUGGCUCUUCUGGAUCCUGUCCUCAUUCGAGGCACUCAUCACCGUCCUCGGCGCAUUCAUCCUGAAAGAAUCAUACACGCCCACCCUCCUGCGCCGCAAGGCAAAGGCGCAGAACCCGAACCUCUACCCCGAGAACAGCCCCCUGACGCGACAAUUCUACCUCGACCUCUUCACCCAACUCCGAAAGAACAUCUACCGGCCCCUCCGCCUCCUCUUCAACCGCCCCAUCAUCCAGUUCCUGGCCCUCGUCUACGGCCUCGACUUCGGCAUCUACGUCCUCAUGCUCUCCACGUACGCCAAUCUCUGGAUCGACCGCUACCACCAAUCCGAAACCAUCUCCAGUCUAAACUACCUCGCCAUCGCCAUCGGCACCACAGUCGGCGCCCAAGCCGGCGGCCACCUCAUGGACUACAUCUUCCGGCGCAUGCGCGAUCGCCCCGGCGCCAUCGUCACCCCGGAGUUCCGCAUCCCCUACAUGAUCCCCAGCGUGCUGCUGAUCCCGAUCGGCCUUAUCUGGUACGGCUGGUCCGCCGAGAACCGCGUCUCGUGGAUCGUGGUCGAUAUCGGCGCCGCCAUUUUCACCGCCGGCUGCUUCAUGGUCGGUCAGGGCAUGCUGGCGUAUCUGCUGGACGAGUUUACCCACGCGGCCUCCGCCAAUGCGGCCACCAGGAUGCUGUCCAAUAUCCUCGGCUUUGCGUUCCCCAUCUUUGCGCCCAGCUUGUAUGAUCGUUUGGGGUUUGGGUGGGGGAAUACUUUGCUGGCUUUGCUUUAUCUGGGGGUGGGGGUGCCCAUUCCCUUCGUGCUGUGGUUUUGGGGCCCGAAGAUUAGGGCUAUCGGGAAGGAGGCUUAG